CAAGCCUGUCGUCGUCGUAAACACAGAGAGGGAGCUCGUCCAUGUCCUCCUGAUUCCUCUUGGCGAUCGAGGGAGUGGCCGACCGGCGAUAAUCUAGCUAUAGCCAGCCUCGCCAUGCCUCGCCAGAGGACCCUCACCUCCGAGGCGGCCGGCGGGCGGCUGCUGCUCGUGGUGGUCGCGGUCCUGCUAUGCCUGUCCGUGCCUCUGGGGCGUGCGGCACCCCCGGGCGCGGAGGUCGCGGAGUUCCCUGGGUUCACGGGCAAACUCCCCUCCAAGCACUACGCCGGGUACGUAACAGUUGGUCAACAUGAGCAACGAAAGAGACACCUGUACUACUACCUUGCCGUCUCUGAAAGGAACCCAAGCUUGGAUCCUGUGGUCAUCUGGAUAAAUGGCGGUCCAGCAUGUUCAGGGUUUAGUGCAUUUCUGCAUUCAUUUGGACCUUUUCGAAUGGAGGGCUCCCAAGUUCAUAUCAACGACGGUCCACGAGUAGCCGUGAACCCUUACUCAUGGACAAAGAUGGCUAGCCUCCUCUUGGUCGACUCGCCAGCAGGUGUGGGCUACUCGUACGCUGAUCAUGAAGAUGACUACACCACAGAUGACACAAGCAGGGUAGCGGACCUGUAUGACUUUCUGUCAAAGUGGUUCGCUGAAUACGCAGAAUUUCUGUCGAAUCCUUUCUACGUAGCUGGAUGCUCGUACAGUGGAGUGAUAGUACCUGUACUUGCACACGAAAUUAUAAAGAGAAAUGAAGAAUCCGGUGGGGUCAAGAUCAACUUCAAGGGAUAUUCACUAUGUAAUCCCGCUAUUGAUGUUGACAUAGAGAACAAUGCACAUGUUCCAUAUGCAUUUCGAAUGGGUUUGAUUUCAGAUGAAUUGUUUCAGAGUUUAGUUACUACAUGUAAUGGAAAGUAUUGGAAUAACUCCAAUCCAUCAUGCCAAGAGAACAUGGAGCAAUUUUAUACUCAAAUCAAAGGUAUUAACAUGGAGCAUAUUCUAUGUCCGCCGUGUCGAUACAAGAUGGGGAUAACCAAUCAAUUCAUUGAAUAUGAUUCUGGUCAAAUGUUUGAGAGCCUUUCGAAAACCUCCAAGCAUGGUUUAGAAUGCAAUGAUCAAGAGUUGGCCCUUGAGAAACUCUUUGAUACAAGAUCAGGUAGAGAAAAAUUGCAUGCCAAAAAGGUUGAAGUAUCAGGACCAUGGAAGAGGUGCCCCAAGCGUGUUCUGUACACGAGGGAUAUUCUAACAUUGAUAGAGUAUCACUUGAACAUAACAUCCAAAGGAUAUAGAGUGUUUAUUUACAGUGGAGACCAUUCCUUGCUUGUUCCUUUUACUUCAACUUUGGAGUGGCUAAAGAAACUAAACUACAAGGAAAUCGAGAAAUGGCACCCUUGGUACUUGGAGAAUCAGAUUGCUGGGUACUCAAUUAGGUACGAGAACAAUAUAUUGUUUGCGACAAUAAAGGGGGCUGGCCAUGUUCCAUCGGACUAUCUGCCAUUUGAAGUAUUUGCUGCCUAUCAAAGGUGGAUAGACGGGGCUGCUUCUCUCUGAUAGCGCUUGUCGUACUCUUGUGCUGCAAAAUCUUUGCAUAAUAAUUAAUAAAUCCGAAUAGAGUACCGAGGCCAACUGGGAGAUCACCUCUGUUGUUGACAUUGAAAACCAAUGUAAGAGUGGUUAAUGGCUACUCCUUCUAUUCUAGAUUAUUACAAGUCAUUUCAACUUCCUUCGAGAGGUUUAAGU